AUGGGAAGAAGAUCAGGAAAGUUGGUGAUAAAGUAUAUAGAAAACUCAACCAAUAGAAAAGUAACUUACUCAAAGAGAAAAAAAGGGAUUCUUAAGAAAGCUAGAGAACUAACCAUUCUCUGCAAUGCUCAAGUUUGUGUCAUCAUGCUUCCUAAAAGUGGCAAAAAUGCUGAAUAUGUCAGUCCCUCCAUUACGAUGAAGGACUUUCUUGAUAGGUACCAAAGGGAGACUAAUACUAGUCUAUGGGAAGCUCAAUAUGAGGCGUUGCAAGAAGAAUUGAGAGCACAGCAGGAGAUUGGCAGGAGACUUAAGAAAGAGAUUAGGCAGAGGACUGGACAAGAAGACGACUUGAGUGAAUUUAGCAUCGAGGAACUAGGUAGUCUUGAGAAAAAUUUGGAAGAGUCUUUGGAAAUUGUUCGCGAUAGGAAGGCUCACAAAGAGGAACAAGAGUUUUUCUAUGCAGUUCCUGGCAAUAGCGAACGAAAUCAAGGGCCCAACUAUGGAUCUGUGUCAUCGUUAAUGAGAAGUGAGUCAAUUGAUGGGCGCGGUGGUGAUUUUAAGAGUUCGGAAAUUACAUUCCUACAGCUACUACAACCAAGCCACACCAACCUUCAUAACGAAGCAGGGGGAGCAUACUGGUACAAUCAAACCAUUGCUUGA